AUGAACUUUUGCUUGUCAAUGCUUGAAGGAGGUAGCAUACCGCAUGAUCCAAUUUUUUCAUCUAUGCAUAAUAUUGUUCAUAUCGAUGAGAAGUGGUUCUACAUGACAAAGAGGUCUACAAAUUAUUAUUUGCUACCAAAUGAGGAAGAGCCAUUACGCACUUGCAAGAGCAAAAAUUUUAUUGGUAAAGUAAUGUUCUUAGUUGCUAUAGCUCGUCCAAGAUUUGAUGUGGACGGGAAUGAAAUAUUUUCUGGAAAAAUCGGUGUCUUCCCUUUUGUCACUCAAGAGGCAGCUAAAAGAAGUAGUGCUAAUAGAGUUGUAGGGACACUAGAAACAAAACCGAUAACUUCAGUGACCAAAGAAGUUAGUAGACUAUUUUUAAUUCAAAAGGUUCUUCCUGCUAUCCGAGCAAAGUGGCCAAGAGAUUGUGUUAGAGAUCCGAUAUUUAUUCAACAAGAUAAUGCUAGAAGUCACAUUGAUCAGAAUGAUGCAGAGUUUUGUCAAGCAGCUAAAUUAGAUGGAUUCGAUAUUCGUUUAAUGUGCCAACCUCCAAAUUCACCGGAUCUUAAUGUCUUAGACCUUGGUUUUUUCAGCGCGAUUCAAUCAUUGCAACACAAGGAAGCACCAAAAACCAUGGAUGAUCUUGUUAGUGCUGUUGUGAGGUCCUUUGAAGCUUUUUCUGCUAUUCAAUCUAAUAAGAUUUUUCUAACUUUACAAUCAUGCAUGAUAGAAAUCAUGAAGACGAAAGGUUCAUUUGAAUACAAAGUUCCACAUAUUAACAAAGCAAUGUUACAAAGAGAAGGUCGACUUCCUAUGCAAUUGAAGUGUGACCCUUCUAUAGUGGAGGAAGUUUUACAAUAUUUGAGAGAUGCUUCAAAUUGA